GUCGAUGAAUCUCUUACGGUUCUGCCAGACAGCGAAGAGCAGCAUGCAGGUCUCAGCAGCCAAGUGAAGAGGAUGGUCUCCAAGAGUUCUCUCGUGUGGAGGACAGAUGGUUUCUGCUGUAUCCGGGCCAUACCUGGAAUGAAGAGCCCCCUCCCACCGACCUUUUCUCCCAGGAUGCAGAAGCCUGGAGGGCGGCCUGCCGCAGCUGCCGCGCACCGUGCCCGAGAGCGACGUGCCGCAGCUCUUCCGCGAGCCCUACAUCCGCGCCGGCUACCGGCCCACGGGCCACCGCUGGCGCUACUACUUCCUCAGCCUCUUCCAGAAGCACAACGAGGUGGUGAACGUGUGGACGCACCUGCUGGCGGCGCUCGCCGUGCUGCUGCGCGUGCGCGCCUUCGCCGAGGCGGAGGGCGUGGCCUGGGCGGCGCCGCACGCGCUGCCGCUGCUGCUCUUCGUGCUGUCGUCCGUGGCCUACCUCACGUGCAGCCUGCUGGCGCACCUGCUGCAGUCGCGCUCCGAGCUGGCGCACUACACCUGCUACUUCGCGGACUACGUGGGCGUCGGCGUGUACCAGUACGGCAGCGCGCUGGCGCACUUCUUCUACAGCGCCGACCAGGCCUGGUACGAGCGCUUCUGGCUCUUCUUCCUGCCCGCCGCCGCCUUCUGCGGCUGGCUGUCCUGCGCCGGCUGCUGCUACGCCAAGUACCGCUACCGCAGGCCCUACCCGGUGAUGCGCAAGCUCUGCCAGGUGGUGCCGGCCGGGCUGGCCUUCGUGCUGGACAUCAGCCCCGUGGCGCACAGGGUGGCGCUGUGCCACCUGGCUGGCUGCCAGGAGCAGGCGGCCUGGUACCACACCCUGCAGAUCCUCUUCUUCCUGGUCAGCGCCUACUUCUUCUCCUGCCCGGUGCCCGAGAAGUACUUCCCCGGCUCCUGCGACAUAGUGGGGCACGGGCAUCAGAUCUUCCACGCCUUCCUGUCCAUCUGCACGCUGUCGCAGCUGGAGGCCAUCCUCCUGGACUACCAGGGGCGGCGCGAGCUCUUCCUGCAGCGCCACGGCCCCCUGUCCGUCUACGCGGCUUGCCUCUCCUUCUUCUUCUUGGCCGCCUGCAGUGCUGCCACCGCUGCGCUCCUGCGGCACAAAGUGAAGGCCAGACUGAUGAAGAGGGACUCCUGAGGCUUGCGGGUCGGGGGAGGUGUAGGGGUGGUCCCUGAUGCCUCGGGGGAUGCUUGAUGCAACAACAGAGGUUGACUUCGCAUUUUUAAGUGUUGAUUUUUAAAUUAAUACGUAUUUCCAAGGCUACACUAUGGCUGCAGCAUUUCACAAGCCAAAGGAUUCCAAAGUUUUGUUGUUAAGAAGAGGGAAACUCAUUUUUCUUCUGGGGCAUGGCCUCACAAGGGAAGGGAUUUUGGAUAAGAUUGAUGAGACGCAGAACUAGAAGGAACCGUUUUCGUGUCUGAGAGGUUAGCAGAAUUCUCACUAAGGAUUCCGGAGGCAAAUCGUAGAACUGAAUGGAUAAUAGAAUUGAGCUGGGAGGGAAGUAGGUGGCUGGUCCUCAUCCUACUGGAAUAGCCAUCCUACUGGUUGGUCUUGGGCAAUUGGACAUAUUGACUGAGGACCCUGGCUUAUUUGGAUUUCAGAUUGCCUAGAGUGGAAAAGUCACAAUAUUCAAGAUGAUUUAAUAACACCCUUCCCCGUAAUGAAGGUCCCUGCUGUAACACCCCCUUCUCAGGACAACUGUCUGCCUGGCUGUUUAGUCUGAAAUAGUGUUUACACCCAUCCCUGUUUUGCAUGAUAAUAUCAAGGACUAUGAAGCAGUCUUACUUACUCCAGGAAACGUUUGGAGCCAUGUAAGCAUUCAGGAAGCUUAUUCUGACAUAAUACCAAUGUAAACGGUACUAGAAAGUACAGUGCCAAGAGCCACCAGGAGGGCCAGCCACCAAGCAUAGAAUCCUUGCUUGGUUUGUGUCAUGGGACUUUUCUGCUUUAUACUGUAGACUGCAGGAUUGCUUGAGAGCUAUUAAAUAGGGCUGCCUUACAGACCAGUAAUCUAGAGGUUGCUCUGGGGAUCUGCAGGUUUGACCAGCAUGUUUAAAAUGCCUUCGAUAGGGUGAACUGGUUCUAAGGAUCCUCGGGGGGAUCUGAUUCUUUCAAGAGGAAUUUAAGAUCCAGUCUUCUAUGUAUAUGCUGCCCCAUGAAGGAUCGACAUAACUACUCUCAUACAGGGUCCUCAGGCAGGCAGUUCUGCCUCAGUUUAGAGCAGAACCCUUAAAAUAGUAAAAUAGUCGAGUCCUGGGACAAGCAAACGUGUAUGCUCACUGUGGCUGGUCCCUGAAGCCUCCUUUGAGUAAGAAUGAAUGGAUUAGGCACCCUGUAGCCAAAACGCUGUUUGGAACAUUGCUGCCCAGCAGCUUCUGUGGGACAAGCGGUACUUGCAGUUAAUGUGUUCUGGCCACACAGCCCAGGACUGACUUCUGCACUCAUCCAGUGAAGGUGGCUGCAGCAGAGAAGGGCUGCGGAGCCCUCUCUUCACAGCCUCCGUGUCCCAGCAGGAGAACACCCCUGUUUACUCAGCAACGAAAGUGGCUUGUUUUAACUUCAGUUUGAUGAGCCUCUAUUAUUAGAUUACUCUUUUGUCUUCAAGCCCUUGUGUUUUUUUCUUUCAGAGAUUUGUAAGUUUUGUGCCUUAUAAAUGGAAAUGUAUGACCACUUUAAUGUAUGCGUAUGUAGAAUUUUCUGUUUUGAAUUAUUGAGAUAAAAUUGUCUAACCAGUGACUAAAAGAAACCUCAGAAAGUUAUAAUUACUUAGCCACCAAGACUUGCAGUCUGUAUUUUGGCAAAAGAAAAAUCACCUGAAGAUUUCAUAUGCUCUUUAAAUCAAGAAAGCAUGUGUCCUAUUGGUUACAUUGUUUUGUUACAUGAAUUUCUUCUUCAUCCUCAAGUAUCUGAACUUUUUAUGCUACCUAAGUGUCUUACACGAGCUUCUGGUUGUCUAGGCCAAAUUCACAGCAAAUAAAGUUAACAAAACUGAAAUGGG